UUCUUGCCUUGAAAGUUGAAGGCUGCCCUCCUCAUACAGGUCUUAUAUAUUGAGAAAGAAGGAGGAGCUAGGAAGACAUUGAAGGGAAGUGAUCUCGCUGAUACUAGUGAUUUACUCGUCUUAUAAUACCAUCCAAAUGGCAGAUCACCAAAGAAUCUAUCCAGAUGUAGAGGCACCGGCAGCAGCAGCUGAGGCACCCUUGGUACCAACUGGAGCUUCAAAAUCGGACAAAGGUGAUCCAGCUGAUUAUCAUCACCAGGGGCAGUAUCCUCCCUUCCCACGACGGACUAUUCCGGUGACGCACUCCAAGCCACCGCCCAUUCGCAGGAAGAGGAGCUGUUUAUGCAGGUGCCUUUGUUGGACUGUAAGCCUGAUCUUGCUCCAAAUCAUUGUGGUUGCCAUCACUGCUGGAAUUAUAUUCCUCGUUUUCAGACCAAAGCUUCCAAAGUUCACGGUGGACAAACUGCAGAUAACCCAGUUCAAUCUCAGUGCUGAUCAGAGCUUGUCGGCCACCUUCGACGUGAGCAUCACUGCGCGAAACCCCAACAAGAAGAUCGGCAUCUACUACGAAGGCGGCAGCCGCCUGAAUGUUUGGUACACAGGCACUAAGCUCUGUGAAGGAGGUUUGCCAAAAUUCUACCAGGGUCACCGCAACACCACUCAACUUGUAGUCCAGCUGACAGGACAGAACCCAGAUGCAAGCGGCCUGCUCAGCACCCUCCAACAACAGCAGCAGCAGACGGGCAAUGUUCCGCUGACUCUCAGAGUGAGGCAACCUGUGAGGAUUAAGCUGGGCGGCUUGAAGCUCCCAAAGGUCAAAUUCUUGGUGAGGUGCAGGUUGUUGGUGGACAGUGUUUCCGCGAAUAAUGAUAUUACAAUUCAAAGCAGUAGCUGUAAGUUCAGGUUUAGGCUAUAAUCUCUUACAAUACAGGCUACAGGCUACAGGCUUCAGGCUACAUGCAUACAUAGAGGAUCAUGUGGAGAGAGCUUCUUUUAUUCUUGUCCCGUGGGCGCUACCCAUCUUGCGUUGAUUCAUUUCACAUUUACCUAUUUUCUUCAUUACUAAAGAUUUUUCCUAUUUUAUCCGCUGCUCUUUUGAAAGUAGCGAAG